GGUUUCCAGUUAUAUCGCCUUCUUGCAUCUCACCGCCAUUUGCCGACACAGAAAGAAAGAAAGAAGAAGAAAUGGCUUCUGAAAGAACUAGGGUUUCUCUACGCAUUGCAUUGGCACUUUUCCUCCUCUUCGUCGCCUUCUACGUCGGUCGCCCUCUCUACUGGAAGCUCUCUGCUACCAUUCACGAGAUCCGAGAGAAGAGGCAAUCUGUCAAACAAGGGCUUUCGCAGUUCGUUCUCGAUGCUCAGAGAUCGGUCGGAUGGUUCCACGACGAGUCUGACUCUGGACUCCCUGAUGAUUCCACCUACUCCAAGCCCCAAUCCGCUACCAACCGUCGUAUCCUUCGCUUUCUUCAUGUGAAGCUUGAUUGACGGUUCUGAUCAGGUUCUUUCUUUCUAUCUUCCCCUUUCGCUCUCUUUUGUAUGUUCUGUUGUUGUUUCUUGUUUUCUUCAUCUUCGAUAGAUAGAGAUGUGAGGAACUGGUGCUA